AUGGCGAAGUCUACGGAACCUUGCGACGCUGCUGAUGACUGCAAUCUCAACCUCGAGCGCGAUCUCCUCCUCGUUCCCCUCGGCACAGUCCUCGUAACCGGCGGCAGCGGCGGCCUGGCCAACCAAAUCCUCCUCCUCCUCACAUCCCGCCGCGUCUGUUCCCAUCUCCACUCCCUCGACCUCCGAGCGCCGCCAGAGCCCAUCAAUGGCGUGCACUACCACUCCGCAGACCUCACCGACGAAGCCGCCGUCCGCCAGCUCUUCGACAACAUCCACCCCGACGUAGUCAUCCACUGCGCAAGCCCACGCUUCGAUGCACCGAAACACGUCAUGCACAAGGUCAAUGUCGACGGGACCAGGAUCCUGAUCAGUGCUGCGAAGGACUCCGGCACCAAGGCUUUCGUAUACACGAGCUCUGCCAGCGUCAUCAGCGACGCUUGGACUGAUUUACGAGGUGCGGACGAGUCGUAUCCAUUGGUGAUGGGAGAUCAGCAGCCCGAGUUUUACACUCACACCAAGGCCCAAGCAGAAACCCACGUCCUCUCUCAAAACCGUCCCGCUACACACCCAGACUUCCUCACCACCGCGAUUCGUCCCUCUGGAAUCUUCGGCUGCGGCGACUCCUAUGUUCUCCCCGGCAUCAUAGCCGCCUACCGCGCCGGCCGCACGAAUUUCCAACUCGGCGACAAUGAAAACCUCUUCGACUUCACGGAAAACACCAACGUGGCGCACGCGCACCACUUGGCCGCUGCAGCACUGAUAAAGUCCAGUCGUACCGAGAAUCUCGUCGGUGAGGAGGCCGAGGAUGAAGAAACCAGAGUCGACGGCGAAGCCUUCUUCAUCACCAACGAUCAACCCCUUCCUUUCUGGACCUUCACGCGCCUAGCGUGGGCGUACGCGGGCGAUCAGACGAAAGCGGAGCAAAUCUGGCGGAUUCCGAGGACGUGGGCGAUGGUGAUCGCGGGAAUGCUUGAGUGGACUUUUUGGGCAUUGCGAUUGGGUGAUCCGCCGUUGUCGAGGCAGAAGGUGCGGUUGAGUUGUAUGACGCGGUGGUACUCGAUUGCGAAGGCGAAGCGGAGACUUGGGUAUCGGCCGUUGGUGGAGUUGAGAGAGGGUUUGAGGCGGGGAGUUGAGGAUUGUGUUGGACGCGGUGGAUAG